ACUUUUAUUUUUUCAAGAAAAAUAUGUUAUAAAUUGCAAACUAAGAAGGGUUGUUAUAACUUGCAUUAAACAAUAUAUUUAGUUUGUUUUUUCCUUUUAUCUUUUCUUGUUCCUUUACGAAUUGGGCUUGUCAUUGGUAGCUCUAUUUGGCCCAUCAAUAAACAUCAAUGUACAUUAUAUCCUCAUCUUUUUAGGGUUUUUAGUUGUCCACUACCGCCACUCUCACCAGACCCGCCGAGAAAGAGAGAACAAAAUGAAGACAAUUCUGUCAUCGGAGACAAUGGACAUCCCAGAUGGGAUAACCAUCAAGGUAAAAGCAAAACAAAUAGAAGUAGAAGGACCAAGAGGAAAACUAACCCGCAAUUUCAAGCACUUGAAUCUUGAUUUUCAGCUAAUCAAGGACGAAGAAACUGGUAAAAAGAAGCUGAAAAUUGAUGCUUGGUUUGGAUCUCGCAAAACAACUGCUGCUAUACGCACUGCACUUAGUCAUGUUGACAAUUUGAUUACUGGUGUUAGUAAGGGGUAUAGAUAUAAGAUGCGUUUUGUUUAUGCGCAUUUUCCUAUUAAUGCUUCGAUUACUGGUGGGAAUAAGUCUAUUGAGAUUAGGAACUUCCUUGGCGAGAAAAAGGUGAGGAAAGUUGAUAUGCUUGACGGGGUUACAGUUGUCCGUUCUGAGAAAGUUAAGGAUGAAUUGGUAUUGGAUGGAAAUGACAUCGAACUUGUCUCUCGUUCUGCUGCCCUCAUUAACCAAAAAUGUCAUGUGAAAAACAAAGAUAUCCGUAAGUUUCUGGAUGGUAUCUAUGUCAGUGAGAAGGGAAGAAUAGUUGAAGAAGAGUAAGUGCUAGCAAGCUGGUUCUGGGAUGAAUUGGGAUUAUUUGCCAACUUUAAUAUGAGAACAUUUAAAGUUAAAUCAACAAUUUUGGUUAUUAAGGUUUUCUUGAUGAAGUAGCGUUUAAGUAGUUUUACUUUUUGUGUUUAGACCAUUAAGAAUAGAUGGAUGCUUUCUUUGACUCUUUAUUUUGAUCUUCAGAUCAAUUUCAAUGAUGUUUUUCUUUUCC